AUGUGUUGCUUUCUUUACCGGAAUACAAACAUUUUUCUGUAACCUUUAUUUUUUGUUGAUAAAGGAAUGUUUGGGAAACUAAAAUGUUUUAUACUGACUCGAUAAGUCAGAAAAGAUAUUUAACAAAAUUGGUACUCGUUUUAUUUUGCUCUGUGUGUGUGUGUAAAUCUAAUACGGAUCCAUUUUGCCUCCUGCAGUGACUCGUUAGAUGAAGCGAUGACUCUGUUAUCGAUUAGCGCUGUCUGUCUGUCUGUUCGAUGUGCACGUGGAUCGACGCAUGCCCCUGACAAUUCGAAGUCUCGCGCCAAACUCAGCGUUGACACUUCGGUUUAGUCUGAUUACUGCUUGUUUGUGUGUUGUUGUUUUACUUUGGUGUAGCUGUUGUUUGUUUUUAUCUAACUGUAGCUAAUGGACACGCAGUCCUAUAUGCCUGUUCCUCCGGGGGUCGGAAUGGAGGAGAAUUUAUUUUCCCUCGACGACAUUUUGCUGUCACACGAACGGCUUCCCUGCAGAACCGACACAGCAUUCCCCAAACUCGGAUUCCUGGAGAAAGCGGGCGAAACACACGAUAUACCAGAGGGUACUAAGAUGGAGAUGCCUAUGUGGUUGGCAAAGGGGCUGUACGAGAGGAAGAGGCAUGUGAUCUCAGUGGAGCUGCCUAAAGUCUACCGUGAGGGUUGGAGGACAGUGUUCGGUGCCGACGCCAACGUGGUGGAUCUUCACAAGAUGGGUCCUUAUUACUACGGCCUAGGCUCACAAAUGCUGCACUUUGAGAAUGCAGAGAACCCAGAGAUCGCUCAGUCUAUCCUACAGACGUUUAUCAGCCGUUUCCGCCGCACGAUGGACUCAUCCCAGAAUGUCUAUAAUGAGGACACGUCCGUGCUUGUGGAGCGGCUGGACUGCCUGGAGAGGGCGCUGUUCCGCUCGGGCCAGAAUGGCCUUAAUGCCUUCCAGCUGUGGGAGAGAGGCAGAGCGUCACAGCUCACCGCCUCCAGCCUCGUCACUAACUACCGCAAGAGGAAGAUCACUGAGCUGCAGUCAUGAGCAGCCAAGCACAGAUCAGAGCGAGUGUGUGUGUGAGAGAGAGAGAGAGAGCCAGAAGGGAUGGACAGGCUGAGCAGCCUGGAACAGAGACUGAUCAGAGAGAGCAAGAUUUGUGUGUGUGAGAUAGAGAGUGAAAUAGAAUGAGUGUUCUGUGUUAGAGGGAACUUUGUCUUUAUUGUACUUGUGAAGUUUAAAUUACUUUUAAUAAAGGUAAGCCUUUACUGUUUUGUAAGGAUGGGUCACUUAUUGUGUAUAUUGUGCAAUGUUUGUCUUUUAUUAAACACCAUUGUCCAGUC